AUGGCUCCUUAUGCACCAAAGAUGAUUGCAAAGAAGGUUGAAAUUGACAAGCUCAACGACUCUGAUCAGCCUUGGACUGCUAUUGGCACUGUCGAGGAAAAGCAAAAUCCAUUCGGCCACUAUACUAAAACCCAAAAGAUGGUAUUCAGCGAUGAAAAGGGUGCUAAAGUAGAAGAUGUUAUUGGUGUCAUAGUCGAGAGAAGCUACACGCAAACUGUUACGACAGGAAAAGGGAAAAAAAGAAUGAUCCAGAAAUUCUAUAAGCUAAAUGAAAAGUUGCAAUAUGUGAGAUUGUCACUUUGGGAAGAAUUCCACCAGGAUGUUGGAAUAUUAUUAACUGAACAAGUUCGAGCAAAGAGUUACCCAACCGUCGUUUGCCGCCGAAUGCUUAUCUCUGCAUACAACGGAAUUGAGGUAACAACUUCACAUAGAUUGGUGGUUUUGAUCAAUCCUCCUUCUGACAAAGUAAGGAAAUUGAGGAACUGGAAGGAAAUCGAUCUUUUCUUGGAGAAUAAACCAUCAUUCUCGUCUAUUCCUGGCAUCAGUCACAAAAACCUUUCACAAAUCACUCCAGUCACACAUAUCGAUGAUGAACAACAGGAUAUCUUAGUCAAAGUCCACGUUGAGUUCAGAGACAUACACAACCAUUCUACUACAUGGCUUGCAAGGAAUGCGGCACUGGAGCAUCAGCAAUCUAUCAACAAGAUUUCAAAUGCAACAAGUGGUCAUUAA